AUGCCUACUCCUGUGAGAAUUGCGCCUCGAAUUGCGCCUCGGAGGGAUGAUGCGCCGACUUUGUUUCGAGGCGCGCGAUUCUGGCUGUCUCAAACCGUCCCACAGAGGCUUAAGCUCAAAGAGGACAUUAAUAAACAUGGUGGGAUUGUCGUACUGCUGGAGCGAGAUUCGGACGUCAAGAUUGUGGACCAUAAGAGGAAGAACCUUCCACAUGAUACAUACUCAUAUCAAUAUGUGGAGCUUUCCAUCGCGAAAGGCAAACUUGAAGACCUAGAGGAUCACAGGGCAGGUCCAUCUGCACCACGGCCCAUGGGCGCAUCUAAUAUCCCCACGAAAAGCAAGAGAUCAAUCUUCACAUUGGAGGAAGAUCGCAUUGUGUACGACUGGAUACAGCACUUCGGGAAGACUCCAGGGGCGCCGAUCAAGGGAGUCAAGUUAUAUCAAGAUUUAAGUGAAUUGGUAACGUACAACUUCACUAUACCCUUGUGUUCAAGGAUUAAUCAGGAGCAGUUCCCCAGUCAUCCAUGGCAGUCAUGGCGUAGUCGAUAUACCAAAAACCUCAUUGAUAAGCCACGUCCAGGCGGCGGAGAGUCUCUAACACUCGAUGAGAUCCUGCAGCGUGCACCAUCUCAAGCAUCACGCCCAAAGAUCUUGCCAACUCGAGUUUCUGAACCGACACCUCCAUUGAGAGUAGAGCCCAAGGCUCUCUCACGAGUACCAGCCUUAGCUCAACAUAAUACGAAUAAUUCAAACUCCAAACGCAAACGUGAUUCAGGUCCAGGUCCUCAGUCACCCAACCAAAGUCGGACCGGAAUUCCACCCUCCAAGAGACUGGCAGUUGAGGAACCGGCACCCUCUCACUCCCCAUCAAUUCAAAUUCGUCCCCCGCAGCUCACAGCGAGGGAUACCACAACGCCAAUCCCCAGGCCUGUUCCGGUACAAGCCUCACCCAGCACCUCUUCAAUAUCUCAGCCAAAUACAGGUAUUGGAACCACAGAACCAGCAACUGCUCGAUCUCCUCGGACACCAAUACCCCGCUCUAGGUCUCGGCCGUCCAGUAAACGUCCAGAAGCGACGAAAGAAUUACCAGCACCAGCACCAUUACCAUCUCGUCCCGCAGGGGAUAACGCCGUUGCUAAUUCAGCACCAGCACCACCAGCACCACCAGCACCACCAGCACCACCAGCACCACCAGCACCACCAGCACCACCAGCACCACCAGCAGAACCAGCAGAGCCAGCAGAGCCCGCACCAACACCAACACCAGCAAAAGCACCACCUCGUCCCCCUGGGAGUAAUGCCUUCGCCAAAUUAGCACCAGCACCAGCACCAGCAUCUCGUCCGCCAGGGGACAACGCUUUUGCCAAAUCAGCGGCACCAGCGCCCGCACCAGCACCAUCUCGUCACGCAGGAGAAACUGCCGUUGCCAAGUCAGCACCAGCAGCACCAGCACCACCAGCACCACCAGCACCACCAGCAGCACCAGCACCACCAGCAGAACCAGCAGAACCAGCAGAGCCCGCACCAACACCAACACCAGCAAAAGCAAAAGCACCACCUCGUCCCCCUGGGAAUAAUGCCUUUGCCACAUUAGCACCAGCACCAGCACCAUCUCGUCACGCGGGAGAAACCGCCGUUGCCAAGUCAACACCAGCACCAGCAGCACCAGCAGCACCAGCAAAGGCAAAAGCACCACCUAGUCCCCCUGGGAAUAAUGCCUUCGCCCAAUUAGCACCAGCACCAGAACCACCAGCACCGCCAUCUCGUCCUCCAUGGAACAACGUCUCUGCGAAAUCACCGGCACCGGCACCGGCACCACCAUCUCGCCCCCCAGGGGAUAAUGCCUUUGCCAAAUCAGCUCGAUUCAACAAGCAAAUUAUCAAGGAUAGACCACCACCGAAGGACCCCUUCAAGGAACCUUUCGAUAUCGACCCUGCUUUUCUGGAAUUGCCAUUCCUCCCCUCCAGCCCAGCGCCCGAGCCAGCUGAAGACGCGCCAGAGAUACCUGACAUCGAAACCUGGAUGGAUGAAAGACUAGCCCGGGGCGCGCACGAGUCACAUAUCUUUGAGGCUUUACAAUGCACAAGUAUGGAACCAACGAUGGCUGACAAAGUGCUCAAGUACCUCAGUACUGGCAAAGGCAUCCCACGUAAUGUGCGCGGGGUCUGGACACCAGAGGAUGACCAGUGCCUGGAAUCGCAAGAACAUGCCAAAGUCCAACGCGCACUCACAAAACAUGGCAUGGAGGCAUACAAGGCCCGAUGGGAUUAUUUCUGCGGGGCUCGAGAAUCAGGUUUUAUCGAAUGA